AUGAGCGCUGCUGCUGUGAGGCUUGUGGUGGUCUGUGCCGUGAUGCAAGGAGCGACUGGAAAGCAGUGGACUGUGACUGUGCCUCAGAGGAUCAUGGGAGUUGUAGGCUCGUGCAUCUCUGUCCCCUGUAGUUUCCAUGUGCCUGACUCCUUUGCUGCGGAGCUGAAGAACUGCUCUGGAGGCGCCAUCUGGAGGAAAGAGAAACUCUAUAUCUACAGCGGGCAUUUGCUCGGGGACCUGAGACUCAGAAACUGUACCACAGUUUUUAACCACUUUACAAAGGAACAGAGCGGAAGUUACUUCUUCAGACUGGACUGCCCCAAAUCCACUUUAAAGUUCACCUUUGAGGAAGGAGUUCACAUCACUGUCACAACAGCCCCGCCCUCGCCACCCUCUCUAAGCGCCAUGAGUCAUGUGACCUCCGUGCCGCUGGGGGGUCUGGUGAGACUGCGGUGCGUUGCUAUGGCGCCCUGUCCCAAUCUGCCCCCCUCCCUCACAUGGUCCGCCCCCGAGAGCGUCAGGAAGGAGAGCACCCGAAUACUGCAGACUCCAGAUGGGCAGAUGAUGGUGAACUCCACACUGACUUUCAAAGCCGCAAUGCAACAUCACAACAAGACGGUGACCUGCUCUGUUUCCUAUCCGCUAUCAGCAGGGGGCAGCAGCGAGGCGACCACCACAUCUCACACCCUCUCUGUUCUCUAUGGACCUCAGAACACCGCUGCACAGCUAAGUGCUUCUCCAGUUCCAGAGGGUUCUGUGGUGAUCUUCAGCUGCACCAGCGACGCCAACCCCUCAGUGUCGGCCUACACCUGGUUCAGCAACACCAACGGAACUGUGGUGCAGGUGGGAGAAGGCCAAACACUGCCCCUACAGGUGAAGCAGACCCACAGCGGCCUGUACGAGUGUCAGGCCCACAGCGAGAGAGGGACGCAGAGGUCUGGUCCACUGGUCCUGGAGGUCACAGCUCUCAGCACUGGCACCUGUCGUCGUUCUACAGACUGGCUGUUUAUCGUGUGUGGAGUCUUCUCUGGUCUUUACUUUCUCACUGUGGCUCUGCUCUUUCACAAAUACAAGGGCCUUUCAAGGAGACUCACGCAGGUGGAGAAGAGAGGGGAGAACACCAUUUAUGCUAAUCUACAAACCAGCUGCAUCUCCUCAGACUACGACAGUCUCCAGCCUCAGCCUCAACUGAAAAAGACUUCUCCAGAACUGGCCAACUAUGAGAACGCUGCAGCUCUGAGGAAGGCUUCAAACAAGACCAGAUAA